AUGAAGCCAGUGGUAGCAUCAGGUAAGGCCUGGUUUUGCACAGUUGUUUCUGCAUUUGGUAUUGUCAUUUUGUCAGUAAUUGCUCAUCUGUUUAACAUCGGACAUGAAUCGUUUGUUGGAUCGAUCAACGACCCAGAAGAUGGUAAAGCAGUCGCUCACACCGUCUUCAUUGCAGUGCUGGUUUACGUAGCAUUCUUCGUGUUCUGCGGUUCCCAAAUUUGGCUGGCCAAGAAGAAUUCAUCUAUCGAACUACGUUGA